AUGUGGCUCAUCAACACUCGAAGUCUCGCUCUUGAAGAGAUUUCGGACCCUGCGUCAGUCGAAUACGCAAUCCUGUCCCAUACCUGGGAAGACGAUGAGAUAAGCUUUCAAGACAUCCGCAGCCCGAACGCAGACGAUGCCAGACGAAAGGCUGGAUUUUCGAAGGUUGCAAAGACGUGCGAGCUUGCUCGACAAAGACAUAUCGAAUUCGCCUGGAUUGAUACCUGUUGCAUUGAUAAGUCGAGCAGUGCAGAGUUGAGCGAGGCGAUAAAUUCCAUGUUCACAUGGUAUAAGCUGUCAACAGUCUGCUUCGUCUUUCUCUCCGACUUGUCUCCCUCGAAAGAUUCAGAAUCACAACAAACCUUAGGGAAAUGCCGAUGGUUUUCUCGAGGCUGGACAUUGCAAGAGCUAAUUGCUCCAAGACACGUUGAGUUUUACGAUUCCACAUGGAAACGAUUUUCCCGAAAGGCAAACAUCCCGGUCGCAGUCAAGAUGUCCUGGGCGGCUGAAAGGCAGACGAAACGCAUAGAAGAUCGGGCAUACUCGCUUCUUGGAAUUUUUGACAUCAACAUGCCAAUGAUAUAUGGCGAAGGACACAAGUCUUUCAGACGCCUACAGGAAGAGAUAGCGAAAGAGACCGGUGACCUUUCCUUGUUCGCCUGGAGAGGCCCUUCCGCAGGAGCCAAAGGAUAUCAGGAAUACAGAGGAAGUUUUGCACGAAACAUGACCGAGUUUCUCACUUGUUCCAACAUGUGA